AUAGUUUCAAAAAGAUUAUUAUGUAUUGUAUUGGAAGUGGAAUAGCAGCAUUUUAUCCAAUAAUUCAAUCUAUAGUUAAUAAUGAUUUAGAAGAAACUCGAAUUAAAUUAUUUGCUGGUUUCAGAUCUGUGUGUCAAAUUCCUUUAAAACAACGACUGCAGUUGUUGGCUGAUUAUUGGAAUGUUGAGUUUACAAUUCAUGUAACAGAAGUAGAAGAAAUAACAACUAUCCAUAAUAUUCAAAUUAAAAAAGAAAAGAUUAAUGAAAAUAAUUAUAAAGCAGUACUACAAAAAGAAUCAUCUGAAUCAACUUUAGUAUUGAUAUGUGGUAAUGAAGAAUUUAAUGAAGCACUAUCACAAUGGACACAAGAGUGCAAUCAUAUUAACUAUUAUGUGUUUAAGUAAACGAUAAUAUUUAUUUUUUAUAUGUUAUCUAUCUAAUAAAUUAUUUUAAUAAAGGGCAGGA